UUGUCAGUAGGUAGGUUGUUUUCCCUUGUAGCCGCCCGCCCGGGGUUCCCACUCGUCACUGCUGAACUCCGUCACUGCAAAAUCGAUCACCAUAGCAGCUCACCUGACGGACAAGAAGUUCCAGAUGGACCAGCAGGACCAGUCCUAUAUGUUUGCCAGUCUCACACGGCCGCAUUCUGAACAGUUGCUGCAAGGCCUUCAGCUCUUGCGGCAGGAUCACGAACUAUGUGACAUUGUGCUCCGGGUGGGGGAUGCCAAGAUCCAUGCCCACAAAGUAGUGCUGGCCAGCAUCAGUCCUUACUUCAAGGCCAUGUUCACGGGUAACCUGUCAGAAAAAGAGACUGCUGAGGUUGAAUUCCAGUGUAUUGAUGAGACUGCCUUGCAGGCCAUUGUUGAGUAUGCUUACACUGGCACAGUGUUCAUCUCCCAGGAAACUGUGGAAUCCCUGCUACCGGCUGCCAACCUACUCCAGGUCAAGCUCGUAUUGAAGGAGUGCUGCUCCUUCUUGGAGAGCCAGCUGGAUGCUGGAAACUGUAUCGGCAUCUCCCGCUUUGCAGAGACGUAUGGCUGUCAUGAUCUGUGCCUGGCUGCAACAAAGUUUAUCUGUGAGAAUUUUGAGGAAGUCUGUCAGACUGAGGAGUUUUUGGAACUAACAAGAGCAGAGUUGGAUGACAUUGUGUCCAAUGACUGCCUUAAGGUGGUAACGGAGGAGACUGUAUUUUACGCCCUGGAGUCGUGGAUUAAAUAUGAUGUCACGGAACGACAGCAGCAUUUGGCUCAGCUGCUGCACUGCGUACGCCUUCCACUUCUCAGCGUCAAAUUUCUUACUCGUUUAUAUGAAGCCAACCAUCUUAUACGAGAUGACCACACAUGCAAGCAUUUGCUCAAUGAGGCCCUCAAAUAUCAUUUUAUGCCUGAGCAUAGACUCUCCUAUCAGACUGUGUUGUCUGCAAGACCAAGGUGUGCCCCAAAGGUGCUACUGGCAGUAGGAGGCAAAGCUGGACUGUUUGCCACAUUAGAAAGCAUGGAAAUGUAUUUCCCUCAGACCGAUUCAUGGAUAGGACUAGCCCCUCUCAGUGUACCCAGAUAUGAGUUUGGCGUGGCAGUGCUCGACCACAAGGUGUACGUGGUGGGAGGGAUCGCCACACAUAUGAGACAGGGCAUUAGUUAUAGGAGGCACGAAAGCACAGUGGAGAGCUGGGACCCUGAAAGCAACACCUGGUCUUCAGUAGAACAUAUGGCUGAGUGCCGCAGCACACUUGGGGUGGUGGUUCUGGCUGGAGAGCUGUAUGCACUGGGAGGCUAUGAUGGCCAAUAUUACCUCCAGUCAGGGGAAAAGUAUGUCCCCAAAUUGAAGGAGUGGCAGCCUGUGGCACCAAUGACCAAGUCACGCAGCUGUUUUGCAACAGCGGUGCUGGAUGGUAUGGUGUAUGCCAUUGGAGGAUAUGGACCAGCUCAUAUGAACAGUGUGGAGCGGUACGACCCUAGCAAAGAUGCCUGGGAAAUGGUAGCCCCCAUGGCAGACAAGAGGAUCAAUUUCGGCGUGGGCGUCAUGCUUGGCUUCAUAUUUGUGGUGGGGGGACACAAUGGAGUCUCUCACCUGUCCAGCAUUGAGAGGUAUGAUCCACACCAAAACCAGUGGACUGCCUGUCGACCAAUGAAUGAUCCACGCACCGGUGUGGGAUCUGCCAUAGUGGACAAUUGCCUCUAUGUCGUGGGAGGUCACUCAGGAUCAUCUUACCUGAACACUGUCCAACGCUAUGAUCCCAUCUCAGACAGCUGGUUGGACUCCAGCGGCAUGAUUUAUUGCCGCUGUAACUUUGGUCUGACUUCCCUUUGACCCAUGGCCCAGCCAGCUAGCACCUAAUGAGUCAACUUGAACAGAAAGAUGUUUAGUUUUUCCUCCACCUGUUGAAUCCUUUUCCAUCCCCACAUCCUUUUCAUCCUCCAGGUGCAAAGGGUUGCCAAACACCAGCAUGAGUAGCAGUGGACAAGAAGCCUGCUGGUUGGAUGGAUGGAUGUAAUAGGCUAGCUAGCUAGCUAGCUGGCAGGUCAGGGGGGUGCUGGGGGAUGUGGCUCCAGAGAAGAUGAAGAGCUUCCCUCUUGUGCCGACAAGGCAAUGUCUGCUGUUACGGCUGUGAGGAGAAUUCUGCUCUGUCUACUGGUCCAAAAUGAAGACGAGGAGCCAUUUCCCAGAGGAUUAUGGGGAAAAAAUGUCAGAUUUUAUUUCAAAAUUCAGUUAAUUUUGCAGACAUUUUUCCCUUCUUCGUUGUUUAUCUGUUAAAUCUUUGUUUUGUUUUUUGUCCCCCCCGCCCUCCAAUUCCUCCAGCUACAACAAGCACCGUGUGUUCCAGUGCUGUUAGAACACAAGUUUGUGUAGUCGUAUGAAUGUUUGUUGUCCAUGUGUGUGUGUGUCCGCGUGUAAGGGGUAUCUGCAUGUCGGAUAGGAUUUUGUUUUAGUGUCUGCAUGCAGAACAGAUGCUCAUGCUUGCUGACACGAGGUUCUGCAUCACAAUAUGUGCUUCACAAAAAUAGAGUAUUUAUUUUUUUCUCAACAAGGGCUGCGUUUCUCUCACUUGUAAAUAGUCUAAAUUAAAUAUAUAGAUAUGAAUAUAAUAGUGCAUUGCCUGUAAACAUUUUAUCAUACUGGGUCACUUGUGUGUAUGUGUAUGAAGAGGUGUCGCGUGUUUACUUCAUUCCGUUCUCGCCCCUCUUGCAUCUUUAAAGGCACGUUGUGCUCUUGUGUCUCUUCCUUUUGUUGAACCUGACCCUAUGUGCACCCUUUGGUCUGUCUGCAAUGCCAACUGGUGCUAUAUUUAGGAUUGAAUGCGGGUCUGUGUUGCCUCGCACAACUUGGUCAACCUCUGUCUGGUCCUUGAACGUCUUAAGUGUACAUCUGUUAAAGCAUAUGCACCCACCCACCCAUACAAAAAGCACUGAAAAAGAAGCGCAUCUUCUCCAAGAACAGGCAGUGUGCUUCCUUCUUCUGAAGACACUGACGCAGACUCAUCGUCCCAGCCGCAGGUUAAAAAGCAUUCCCCAUUCAAGCAAGCCUUUGGUCAUGAAUCCUACAAAGUGGCAAAGCGUCUUCCCUGCCCCAAUCUACAGCCGUCAUUCCUCAUGUGCCACAAAUUCAAAAUGUUUCUUCUUCAUUGUGGCAUUACAUCCUUUCAUGCUGUCAAAACAGCUGUGUAAAGGUGUCUUCACUGACACGCAGGCCCAGCAGAAUCAUGGAAAUAUUUAUGUUUGAGUCUAGUCGCCAUACUUUGUGCACUUUGUUUGCAAGCUCUGAGUUGCAUUUACCAAACAAACCCUUUGAUACAUAUUGCAAGAUGUCCACAUAUGCAUUUACAUCAUGCAAUAAGACUUCUGUUAAUGAGUUGUGCGUCUCUUUAAAAAGCCAAGGCAAUCUUGUUAUUGCUGUAACAGAGCAUGUGUUGAUUUAACACUUGUGGCCGCUAAUGUCUGAUCAAACACCACUUAAUGAUGUAAGCCUCCUUUUGAUGUGCAUGCUUGUUCAUUCCAGCCACAUUUUCUUUUUAUGUACAGGUACAUUCAAACACUGUUGCAGGUAUACAAGAUUAGCCACUUUAUUUUUGGGGCUAGCCGCUACACUUAACGAGCAAGGAUCUUCUGCAUUACCCUUGAUAUGCUAAAUUAACCAUUCUACUGAAUUAUUACAAGAGGCUUUAAAUUAGGUUCACCUUGCAAAUUGAGAUGGGUUGUAACAUUUUAUAUAUUUCUCUUCACACGUAAUGACGUGACACUUUUUUCAAAUGUAUUUUAGAAAGAUGUGAAAUUGUGAAUGAAGAUUGUAUUUAUGAUGUAUAUUUUUUAUUUCAUGUCCUGUAACCUUGUCUGUUUAACAACACCCUUCCAGAAUGGGCAGCACAAAUCACGCAGGCGUAAUUAUCUGCUGCCGCCAUUCAUUCAUUUCUCGUACUGCUUAUCCUCACUAGUGUCGUGGGUGUGCUGGAGCCAAUACAAUGUUUUUUUUGUUAUUAUUUUUAAGUGUACACAAACUGCUUUUGGAGGGAAGCUCACAGUAUAUCUGCAAACGUGAAUCUGCAAAAAGAAAAAGGAUGUUAAACCUGAGUUUGUACACUUGUGGCCUAACUAAUGUCAUUGCCACCACUCUCACCAAAGUGCUUGUUCAAAGAAAUCCAGUAGACGACCACUCGUACGUUUGUGUUGGAAAGAAAAACCUUUUGAAACUGAUGUCAAUGUUAGCCAAAUGACCACUCUGCUUCUUUUUUCAUGUUCCAUUGUGCGGCUGGAGGGGAUGAUGAUGUUGAACUAUCCUGUGGAUUAAUACUGGAAAUACAAGCAAACCCUAGCAACAGUAGCCUUCCACUUUUGAUCGAAAUCCAUUUUACAUACAUUGUAGUCAGUCUGUGAGGUGCAGUUGUACCCAGUUUUAAAAUAAAUGCCUGCC